AACAUAUAGUGUUAAAGUAAAACCUAUUUUCCGUGCCAUCUUGGCAGAGUCCAACAAGUCGGUUAUAACUCAAAAGGAAAAAAAAUGGAGAUGAGCUUGGCCUACGCAGGCUCACCUUCGAGCUCUCUCUGCCUCAACCAUGGCGUCUUGCGAACCCUUUUACCCAUUUCAACCUUGGAAAAAGGUUUCGGCCCCAGCAGUAGUUGCAGCCUCGGCAGUAUUACUAGUGGUCAUGGGGGAAGAAGAAGAGGCGUUCCGGCGAUUAGGGCCAUGAAAACGAUGCCCUCUUCAAGGCGAACCUUGUCGAGUAAUUGGGAUAUUAGUCAAGAUUGCUUUUCGGCAACUUCAGCUCCUUCGUGGAUGCCCAGAUUGGAAGAGCUCGACACCACUAACAUGCUUCUUCGUCAGAGAAUUAUCUUUUUGGGUUCUCAGGUUGAUGAUGUGACAGCAGACUUUAUCAUAAGCCAGCUUUUAUUUCUGGAUGCUGAAGAUUCUAGCAAAGAUAUUAAGUUGUUUAUCAAUUCUCCUGGUGGCUCUGUUACUGCUGGAAUGGGAAUAUAUGAUGCAAUGAAACUGUGCAAGGCAGAUGUUUCAACUGUUUGCCUAGGGCUUGCUGCAUCAAUGGGGGCAUUUCUUCUUGCUUCUGGUACCAAAGGAAAGAGGUUUUGCAUGCCCAAUUCAAGAGUGAUGAUCCAUCAACCUCUUGGAACGGCUGGAGGCAAAGCAUCAGAAAUGGGUAUACGAAUUAGAGAAAUGGUGUACCACAAGAUUAAGCUGAACAAAAUAUUUUCAAGAAUCACAGGGAAGCCUGAAGCACAGAUUGAACAAGAUACAGAUCGUGACAAUUUCAUGAAUGCCUGGGAAGCCAAGGAUUACGGGUUGAUCGAUGAAGUUAUAGAUGAUGGGAAACCAGGAUUAGUUGCACCACUUUCAGAUGCUGCUCCUCCACCAAAAACCCGGGUGUGGGAUAUGUGGAAAGUUGAAGGAAGCAGAAAAGCUAAGAAGAAUUUGCCAUCAGAGAAUAAAAUGUUGCAGAAUGGAAAUAAUGGGGGUCCAUCAGAAAAGGAAACGCCUGCUUCUGUAUGAUGAGUCAUGUGAUAACUCCUCAUCCCAUCACUGUUGAUGCACUUCUUAUUGUUCAUCUUUUAAAAAAAGUCUUGUUACAUGAUAUCUGAAGGCUUUAUGAAUUAAUAGAUAGGAUUUUCAAGGUUGUUUCUUCAAGUAA